CCCAAAUAAAUAAUUCAAUUUAUAAUUCAUAACAGUCAAACUAAUCAAAAUUAGGCUUUGCUAAUAUAAAAUUAUACCUAAGCACAAUUAAUGAAGUCAACAUAUUACCUCUCUGCUCCUCCCCCUAUAUAACACCCACCGGAAUCCGCUCCAUUUUAAAAAACUGUGCCCUACAUCUUCGAACACAAUGUCUCGCAAAUCUCCGAUUACCAAUCUUCUCUUCUUCCUCCUCAUCUUCUUAUUCGCAUUCUCCGCCGCUGGAAAAUCCCGCUCCCACCACCCUCGCCGCCCCUGCCGCCACCUGGUGUUUUACUUCCACGACAUUAUCUACAACGGCGAAAACGCGGAGAACGCCACCUCCGCCAUUGUCGGAGCACCGGCGUGGGGAAACACCACGAUUCUGGCCGGACAGAACCACUUCGGCGACAUGGUGGUGUUUGACGAUCCAAUCACGAUGGACAACAACCUGCACUCGCCGGCGGUGGGGCGCGCGCAGGGGUUCUACAUUUACGAUAGGAAGGAGAUCUUCACGGCGUGGCUUGGAUUCUCGUUUGUGUUCAACUCGACGGAGCAUAGAGGGAGCCUGAACUUCGCGGGCGCGGAUCCGCUGAUGAACAAGACGAGGGAUGUGUCGGUGAUCGGCGGGACGGGGGAUUUCUUCAUGGCGAGAGGGAUUGCGACUCUGUCCACGGAUUCGUUUGAAGGAGAGGUUUAUUUUAGGCUUAGGGCGGAUAUUAAUCUGUACGAAUGCUGGUGAUGCUGAUUUUUUAAGAACCGUCCAUUUGGAGUU